CCUAGAUACACGGGUAGGGCAUAGAUAUAUACCAUUAUAGGCUACUACACUAGUCUAGGCCUAUUUAUCAGUUGAAACGAGGAUACCGGUGUCUGGAUACCGUAAUUUUCAAGGUACGAAUAUUGAAAUACAGAAACCUAUUGGACUAUUCCAGUAUUCUGUGAUCAGGUGAUGGGAUUGGUAGAUCAAUCCUUGGAUGAAAUUAUAAAGGAGAGAAAGACUGCAAAGAAAAUAAGAAGCAAGAAACCCAGUGCAAGAGGAAUGUAUAGUGAUAAAGGAAUGAGGCCAAAUUUGGCUUUUCAGAAAAAGAGACUUCAGUCUGCGAGGCAGCAAAACCGAAAAAAAAUUGUCGAUGCACGACUCUUUAUAAAAUCAAAGAACACAAUAACUGAUGCUCGGCAAAAAAUUAAGCCAAAGCAAAUUGUUGAUGCUCGACAGAAGAUAGAAGCUAAACACAAUCAAGCACGCCCUGCACCACAAAAACAUGUCGGGGGAAUACCCAAAGUUACAAUUCCAAAUGAACUAGCUUUGAAAAAGCCUCAUCAAUUGCCCAACAUUACUUUCCAUGUUGCUCAAGGAAAUAAAACAAGGUCGACUCUCGGUCAUUCAAGUAAUAAUAGAAAUGGUAACACUGUAAAUCAGAGACUAGGUGCUGGAAUAAAAAUUGCGGUUAUAAAUGAACUUGCAACAUCCAGUGCGAGAUCAAGUGUACCGCCAUGGCCAACAACGAAAAAACAAUAUGAAAAAUUGAAAAUAACAACUGUAAAUAAAGACGCAAUCAGAAGGAAAUCUCCACCCCCAAGACGUUCAUCACCACCACCGGCACCAAGACCUGCUACAAUUAGAAAGCGGUCUUUGCCGUCACCAGAAUCUGACGAUAGUUUUGAAGACCGCCCAGUGUACUCAAAACAGAGGAGGCAGCACAGAGCUCCCGUACCUCCAAAGCCCGCUCAAGAAGAAAUCUAUCAUCCUUCGCCACCCCCGAUGCCGAGACAACAUUCUAAACCAGAUACCAGUACAUUAAGACCAAUGAUUUCAAGACAAACAUCUGGAACAAAAUUACCAGUGCAGGAUGAUGAUGACAUUCCGCUCGGCCCAAGCCCGAUAGAAGGAACAAAACUCAAAGUUUUCAAUUUACAUCCAGUUGUUACUGAAGAUGACAUUCUGGAAUUGUUCAGCGUCCUUGGUGCCGUUCGACGAGCAAGGCUGGUUAAGCCAGGAGAAGCAGAAGUCGUUUAUAUAAAACAUGAAAAUGCUUUUACUGCUUACAAGAAAUAUAAUAACAGGGAUUUAGAUGGUCAACCAAUGCAAAUCAAACUGAUGACAAAUGAUCCACCAAGACAGCCAGUCAUGUACAGUUGGAUGAAAGAGAUCAAGAGCAGCAGGAAGAACACCGAGCCCGGUGAAGUAACAGAAUUACACAGUGGCGUUCUGCAACAAGCAUUAUUCAAAGGAGGAAGCACUGGAACAUCUACUAGACCUGUCGUCUUCACAGUCAAGAUUUGAGAGACGGGUCAAAUUUUGAAGAGCGUGACAACAAGCGGUUUCGCAAUUUUUAGAGGGAGGACUCAAGAACGAGAAUACUUUAUAAGAUACGUUAUUACUUGGUAUCUGGUAUGCCAUAUACCAAGGAUGUGCAACAGUCGGCCACAAUCGGACCCGCCAAGCCAUUAAUGUGGCCCAUUUCAACACUCAGAUUUUCCCCAUCAAGCAUAAAAUCCUAAUUCGACUCUUUAUAUUUGAAAAGGCGUUCACAUGGGUAAAAAAUACAUAAUGUAUUUUGCUUUUGUCGCUGCUUUAAACCUUUUGCCGUUUUUCCUGUCCAUUACCCUUAUUAUUGGGGAGCUAAGCGAUAUUUCUCGUGCCUUUCCCAUGGCGCUCUAGUUGUUGCUAAUCUGGUUUGAUUCACUUGUGUACAUAAAAAACUAUUUAUGUGUGACCCAGCUAAAUGUCUGAAGUUGGUUAUAUGGGCCACUGACAAAAAAUGUUGCACAACCCCUGCCAUAUCCAAACUCAGUCUUGAAUUUAACUGAUACGUGACGUUUGAUAUCGCUUUGCCAAACUUUUAAAAAGGGGAAUUUACAAAAAGAUGGGUGAUUGAUGUUGAUGAGCCUUGUGUGUAUCAAGUUUUUUUGUUUUUAGUUUCUUUGGCAAUAUAACAAAUUUACGUAUUUCAAGAAGUAUAGCAAACUCUUGGUUUUCAAUAAUAUGGCUGAGCUUCAUUUAUAUUGGUAAACCAAUUACAGUUUAUCUGCAAUUUUCCUGCGUUUCUUAAAAGAAAACAUUAGAUAUGCAUUGACGUUUAAGUGCCCGCUGUUAAUCGUGACACAAUUUAGAAUGUCAAGUGAUACCUCGGUAGUCGAACGAAUCGAUACUCUUACACCAAUCCUGACCGAAUCAUAUUUGAAUAUCGAGGUAAAGCUGUAUAUCCAAUAUUUCAUAUUCCAAAAAUAAUUUUUAGUGUGUAAUUAAAAUAUAAAAUUUUCGUUUUUGAAUGAUUUUGCUAUUUAUUCUAAGUAAAUUUCUAUAAGCAGGUACACUUUUGACUUAACUACUUUAUACCAUAUUGAGAAAUUGUAUAUUAUCCUUCAAUUUUUGCAUGAUGUUAUUGAACUAAGCCACAGUUCUUCAUGACACUUUGUGAAUUUAGAUGUCAUUUAAGUAAGAUGCUGGGAACAUGCGAUGAAUUCAAUUUUAAUGGCAUGAAAAGGAGAGUGAAUAAUUCGAAUUUUAUAUCUUUCUAAUUGUGAGGUCUCGGUUUCAUUUUGAAUUCAUUUCAUUUUGGCAUUGUUUACAAUCGAUAUUUUAUGCUAGGCCUUUUGAAUAGUGGAUGUCUGUCUACUUUAGCUGGUAUUUUUGAACUGUUGUCUUUCUAUGUAGAGCUGUCAUCUCAAUGUGGUGGAGGGAUUUCUGUUGUAAAUUUGAUUAUUUUAGUAAUUUUAAAUAAAAAGAAGUUUUGUUUUUUGAGUUAAGUUUAUUGUCUUCAGGAGGAAUUAUUGUUAGUGGUAUGUCCAAAACUAAUUUUAAAUCAAAUUUUUAAUGUGUCUCGAUCUAAUUCAUGUCAAAUUUCAUAGUCAAGUUUAUUUGCAAAUGCAAAUUUAAAAGAAAUACAAAUUUCAUUGAGGAAGGGAGCUGCCGGGAAACAAAACUGGUUAUCCUGCAGCGACACCCAAAGUUCAAGUAUCUAAUUCAACAUUUAAAGUUCUAAUGUUUUGAAUAUCGAAUUACUGUUAUUAUUUUCAGGACAUUUUUCAGGCGUACGAAUUGAUGAACUUUCGAACCAGAACAACAUCUGAAUUGCAAGAAUUCAUAUAGUCUGGCUUGUCCAAUUUGGAUUGUUCGUAUACCAUUUAAUUUAUGUACAUACAAAAAUUCCAUUUUUUGCGUAAAAUUUUAUCGAAGCAAUUUCUUUAAAAAUAAAAUAAUAUCUUCAGGUUUUACUUGAGCACUCG